CGUGUUACUGCGGUGGCUGACGGUCGCGCGGGUUUAGGUAGAAGCCGCUGUACGUGGCGGAUUAAUUCAUGUGCCAGACCAGAUUCAAAACCACAGCCCUUUGAUUGAUCUCGGACCUCACGGAAACCCUUAGAAAUCGAAAGACGCAUCCUCCCUUCAUUGCGCCCACGGAUCGAUUCUCUUGAUACCCAUUUCUUAGAAAUUGAGGACGGCUUCUCCCUCCUCAGUGAGCUCAUUUCAUCCAACCAGGUCUCAUCAUUUAGGCGCGCUAGGGGGCAUUGCGCGACACGAGCCCAAGUCCAACAAACAGCAGCAUCAUCGCUCGAAUUGCCUCAAUCAUUUUACACGGUCUUCACGAUGGAAGUCCAUGUGCUCAUAUAUGACCUCUCUGGAGGCAUGGCGCGCCAGAUGAGCCUUGGCAUGCUGGGUUUCCAGCUGGACGCCAUCUAUCACACCUCUAUCCUGCUCAACGGCCUCGAGUAUGUUUACGACGGCAACAUCGUGGCCAUCACCCCGGGCACGUCUCAUCUCGGAAACCCGCUCGACAGGGAGCCGCUUGGGACGACGCAACUGCCCAUGGACGUUAUCGAGACCUAUCUAGACUCUCUGCGAUCAGUCUACACACCCGAAGCCUACAACCUAUGGCGGCAUAACUGUAAUAACUUCAGCAACGACUUUGCCACAUUCCUUGUCGGGAAAGGCAUCCCCGACAAGAUCAUCAACAUGCCCGCCGAGGUGCUGGAGUCACCUCUUGGCCGCAUGCUCAUGCCCGCCCUCGACCAACAGGUCCGCGCGAGCAAGCAGCAGAACGGCGGCGGCAUCCUGGGCAUCCAGAACGGCCAGCAGGCCGGCGGCUCCAGCGCCGCCGCCGCGCCCGCCUUCAGAGUCCGCGAGGUGAUGAACCUCGGCGGCCUGGACGCGCUCCUGGCCGAGGCGCGGGGCUCGUGCGCCGUCGUCUUCUUCACCUCGGCCACCUGCGGCCCCUGCAGGAUGCUCUACCCGCUCUACGAGGAACUGGCCGAGGAGGUGGCGGACAAGGGCCUCGUGAUCAAGGCCGACAUAUCCAUCGCGCGGGACGUCGCUGCCCGCUACUCUAUCACCGCGACCCCGACCUUCAUCACCUUCCUCAAGGGCGAGCAGGAGAACCGCUGGAUGGGGGCCGACGCGAGCGCGCUCAGGGGCAACGUCCGCCUCCUGGUCCAGAUGGCGUGGCUGCGGCACCCGCACCAGUCGCUGCGCCUGCCGAGCCUGCACAAGGAGAACCCCAGGCCGGUCCUGUUCGCAAAGGUGCCCCCGCUCCCGAAGCUCCUCGCCAAAAUGGGACCGGCUGGCGACGACACGGCCGUCCAGGGGGUCGUCAAGUUCAUCGAGGCGAGGUCCAAGGAGGGGGCCGCGGGGGCCCAUCUCCCCGACGUCGCCGCCUUUUCCGCAUUUGUCGCCAGCUCCGUCGAGUCGCUGUCGCCGGACUCGCUGUUCCCGUUGGUGGACAUGCUGCGCUGCGGACUCGUCGACCCCCGGCUCAGCGGCUGCUUCGCCGAGGAGGCGGACCACAAGACCAUCUCUGCCCUCCUCACCCACGUCAACGGCCUGGAUAGCUGCCCAUACCCCCUGCGCCUUGUUACCCUGCAGGCCGCCUGCAACCUCUUCUCCAGCACGCUCUACUGGGGCCCGAUCCUGAGCCACGCCGGGCUGCGCUCCCAGGUCGUGCGGCUCGUAUCCUCCAGCUUCCUAGACGAGGCCCACACCAGCGUCCGCGUCGCCGCCGCCUCGGUUUUGUUCAACGUGGCAGUGGUCAACGGCGCGGGCCGGAGGGGAGGAGGGCGGCCGUGGCCGGGGCCGGGGCCGGGGGACCCGCUGUCGGACGACGAUCAGGUGGAGCUGGCGGCGUCCGUGGUGGAGGCCAUCUCGCGGGAGGGUGAGUCCCGCGAGGCGCUCGAGGGCAUGCUGCUCGCGCUGGGUCGCCUGCUCUACAGGCUGCCGCCCGACAGCGAGCUCGCAGACCUCGUGGCGGCGCUCGAUGCUAAGGGGACGGUGUUGGCUAAGAAGGCAAAGUUCAAGGGCAUGUCGCUGAUUGACGAGAUCGGGUCCGAGCUGCUCGGGAACGUGACCAAGGGGUUCAAGUCGCCAGCGCAAUGACGUGCAUUUUAGCAAUAUUGCGCUGGCUGUUCAUAUCUGCGGCAUCGACAUGAUAAAACUAAAGGAUAAUGAUGGUUACCACCAGAGGGCAUGAAUAGAAAUACAACUCAAUCCGGCGACUUAGUAUGGCAAUAUGAAUUCAUGGGGUCUAGUGGCUACAUUGGGGCGUGACACUAUCUGAUUGCCACAUAUCUGGCUGAUCCUAAACAAUUCGUCCAUGGCCCGUCA